AUGUUGGAAAUCUUUCUGAAAGUCGUGUGCGCGGCCUCUGGUCUGACGGCCAAAUGGCAGGCAUAUGUGUUUUUGCGUCUGCUGCCCCUGGGAUCGCAUUAUCUGCCUGUCAUAUACACGUCUGCCGCUGUGUAUCUCACUACAUGGCUAUUGGCAUACUUCCGGGGAUCGCGCAACGCUCGAAUUAGCUCAACAUCUCUGCACAUGAGGUGCAUCGUGCUCAUAUGCGGAAUACCCGAUCAUCGAUAUCCUUAUCUUACUUGGCUCGGGGUCGGCCUUACUCUACUGGCACCUUUGUUUUCUGCUGACUUCGUAUAUCGAGCCCACUACCUUCACCCUGCAAUUGAUCUCAGCUUCGCUAGACUCGGCUGGACUGGUCACGAUACGGCGAGUCUGUUAAUACGGCUGCCAGAGGCGAAGUUUUACAAUCUCACGUAUUAUCCAUCAACGAGCAAGCACGACCAAUCCAGGCUCGUUCAGCUCUCCUCAUUGACACCAGCGACCGACUUCACGCUCCCCAUAAUCCUGGAUGGCUUGCGGCCUGAUACCGAAUAUAAUUACUACAUAAACGCAGAGAUUUCAGGGACUUUCACCACCAGACGAAACGCGACCGAUUUGGAAGCAUUUACCAUUCUAAGUUCUAGCUGUCUUAAGCCAGGAUGGCCGUACAGCCCACUAGCACACCCUCUCGAAGUCAAAGGAUUUUCCGAAGUGGACCAUUACGUCAGGACGAUGGACCGGCUGCCGGAAGCUAUGUUGUUUCUCGGCGACUUCAUCUAUUCCGACCUUCCUUAUCCUGUAUCUGAAUAUACCAACACGUAUUAUCGUCAGCUUUACCGCCAAGUCUACUCUAGUCCGUCAUGGACACCCUUACUUCGGAGUAUACCUUGGCUUCACAUGUUUGACGAUCAUGAGAUCAUCAAUGAUUUUGCCCCUGAUUCCCCGCACAAUCAUGCGAUGUUUAAAAGUGCGAUGGAGCCCUACGUAUCAUACCAGCAGACCGUCAACCCAUUACCGCUGAGCUCCGAGCAGCCGACGUAUUUCUCAUUUGAGAUUGGUGCAGUCUCAUUCUUCGUCCUUGAUAAUAGAUCUUACAGGUCUACACCACCUCAUCGACCUGGGAAAAACUCAACGGCCGGUCAUGGAGAAAGAACAAUGCUAGGAGAGUUACAGCUGAUGGCGGUGAAGCGAUGGGUGGAAAUGCAGGGAAGAAAAGAAGGAAGGUUACUGGUUUUAGUGUCCGGCGUCCCUGUGACUAGGAAUUGGUCAGAAGGCAAAGAUGAGCUUGACUCUUGGGCGGGCUAUCUCGAUGAACGAGAAAUCAUUUUGGAGGAACUUUGGUCAGUCGGAGGCGCUGUCAUUAUUUCCGGUGACAGACACGAGCAUGCCACGACCCUUCUACCGCCUCCGGCUUUCUCAAUCAUUCCGGCGACGUCUGCUGUCAUUGAAUUCUCCACGUCACCCUUGUCCUUCUUCCAUCAACCAUGGACUAGGGAGUAUUUGCCGCAUCUACCAACUGAUGUACCGCUACACCAUCAGUGGAAAGGAGACACUCGCUUCGGUGUGUUCGACUUUGAUACGUCUGGAUUGCAUCCGAUCGUCAACUUCAAGCUUCUCGUCGAUGGUGAGGAGGAGUGGCGUUACGCUUGGACUAAAGGCGCACAAAUCAAAGCCAAUGGACAAUAG